AUGGAAUCCUCCGAUAGCAUCGACUCGACGGUCUACGAACCGACACCUCUCAAAGAAACCCCCAACGAUGACUCCGAAUGGAAGAUGAAGUCAGAAGUCAUCGGCUUCAAAGAACGUGACAAGUCCUCAGGCGUCCCAGACAGAGAACUCGGCGUCACAUGGAACAACCUCACUGUCGAUGUCAUCGCCGCCGAUGCCGCCAUCCAUGAGAACGUCCUCUCACAGUAUAACUUUCCAAGGCUUAUCAAAGAGUCUCGACAAAAGUCUCCACUCAAGACUAUCCUCGACAACAGCCAUGGCUGUGUCAAGCCUGGAGAGAUGCUGCUCGUUCUAGGUCGUCCUGGCUCUGGUUGCACUACACUUCUCAACAUGAUCUCCAACAAGAGACGCGGUUACGCCAACGUCAAGGGUGAUGUCUUUUAUGGCUCAAUGACAGCUGAAGAGGCCAAGAGAUAUCGCGGUCAGAUCGUCAUGAACAACGAAGAAGAAGUAUUCUAUCCCGCCCUGACAGUCGGCCAGACCAUGGACUUUGCCUCUCGGCUCAAGCUCCCCUUUCAGGUCCCUCAGGGUGUCAACUCACAUGAGGAACUUCGAACUGAGACCAGAGACUUCCUUCUCAAGUCUAUGGGUAUCGAACAUACCAUUGAAACCAAAGUCGGAGAUGCGUUUGUACGUGGUGUGAGCGGUGGAGAGAGGAAGCGUGUUUCCAUCAUAGAGACUAUGGCCACCCAGGGCUCGGUCUUUUGCUGGGACAACUCUACUCGUGGUUUAGACGCAAGCACUGCUUUGGAGUAUACCAAGGCCAUCCGCGCAAUGACCGAUGUCAUGGGCCUAGCUUCCGUCGUCACCCUCUACCAAGCCGGCAACGGUAUCUACGACCUCUUCGACAAAGUCCUUGUUCUAGACGAAGGACAGCAAGUCUACUACGGCCCUCUCAAGGAAGCCAAGCCUUUUAUGGAGAGCAUGGGUUUCAUCUGUCAAUAUGGAGCCAAUGUAGCAGACUACCUGACCGGUGUGACUGUUCCUACCGAGAGACAGAUCCAUCAAGACUAUCAGAACCGAUUCCCACGCACAGCAAAAGCUCUCCGGGCUGAGUACGAAAAGUCACCAAUCUACGAACGAGCACGAUCUGAAUACGACUAUCCUACCACUGACAUUGCCAAGGAAAAGACAAAGGCUUUCCAAGAGGGCGUCCGCCAGUUCAAAGACAAGAAAUUGCCUGACAGCGAUCCCAUGACGGUCGGUUUCUUGGAUCAGACCAAGGCAUGCAUCAUCCGUCAGUACCAGAUCGUUCUUGGAGACAAGGCCACCUUCUUCAUCAAGCAGAUAUCAAUGAUCGUCCAAGCCCUUAUCGCCGGUUCUCUCUUCUACAACGCUCCAGAUAAUUCAAGCGGCCUCUUUGUCAAGUCCGGUGCCGUCUUUGUCGCUCUUCUCUCCAACUCGCUCGUCUCCAUGUCUGAGGUCACUGAUUCCUUCACUGGUCGCCCUGUUCUUCUCAAGCACAAGUCCUUUGCUAUGUAUCAUCCUGCCGCUUUCUGUAUUGCUCAGAUUGCUGCUGAUAUACCCAUCAUAUUGAUGCAAGUCACUACAUUUUCCGUCGUUGAGUAUUUCAUGGUUGGACUUACCAGGACCGCUGGGCACUUUUUCACCUUCUGGAUCAUCUUGGUUGCCAUCACCAUUUGCAUUACCGCCCUCUUCCGAGCCGUCGGAGCUGCCUUCAAGAACUUCGACGAUGCUUCCAAGGUCUCUGGUCUUUUCAUUACUGCGACAAUCAUGUACUCUGGCUAUCUCAUCCAGAAGCCCUUGAUGCACGAUUGGUUCGUCUGGAUCUUCUGGAUUGACCCUCUGGCAUACGCUUUCGACGCUCUUCUAUCGAACGAAUUCCACGGAAAGAUCAUCCCUUGUGUUGGCAACAGUCUUGUUCCCAGUGGCCCUGGUUUCAACAAUGGCGAUCACCAGGCUUGUGCUGGUGUGGGUGGAGCGAAGCCCGGUCAGACAUUUGUUACCGGUGAUGACUACUUGGCUUCGCUUUCCUAUGGAUAUGAUCACCUUUGGAGAAACUUUGGUAUCAUCUGGGCUUGGUGGCUUCUUUUCGUUGCUAUUACCAUCUUCUUCACCACCAAGUGGCAUGCCUCUUCCGAAGACGGUCCAUCUCUGGUCAUCCCACGAGAGAACGCUCACAUUACCGCAGCCCUUCGUCAAUCCGACGAAGAGGGUCAGACCAAGGGCGAGAAGAAGAUGAUUGGUAGUCAAGAGGACGGUGUCAUCUCGGGUGAUGACACCGACACCAGCGCCGUCGCCGAUAACCUCGUUCGCAACACUUCAGUCUUUACUUGGAAGAACCUGACUUACACCGUCAAGACACCCUCCGGGGACCGCGUUCUUCUCGACAACGUCCAAGGUUGGGUCAAGCCAGGUAUGCUGGGAGCUCUCAUGGGCGCGUCUGGUGCUGGAAAGACAACCCUUCUCGAUGUUCUUGCACAGCGCAAGACAGAUGGUACCAUUCGCGGUUCAAUCAUGGUCGAUGGCCGUCCCCUGCCAGUUUCUUUCCAGCGCUCAGCAGGUUACUGUGAGCAGCUUGAUGUACAUGAACCCUAUGCUACUGUCCGCGAAGCCCUCGAGUUCUCCGCCUUACUUCGACAAAGCCGUGAUACACCUCGCGAGGAGAAGCUGAAGUAUGUUGACACCAUCAUUGACCUUCUCGAACUUCACGACAUCGCCGAUACCCUCAUUGGAAAGGUUGGUGCCGGAUUGAGCGUUGAGCAGCGCAAGCGUGUCACCAUUGGUGUUGAGCUUGUCUCCAAGCCUAGCAUUCUUAUCUUCCUGGACGAGCCUACUUCUGGCCUUGAUGGGCAAUCUGCUUAUAACACUGUUCGCUUCCUACGAAAGCUGGCUGCUGUCGGCCAAGCUGUCCUUGUCACCAUCCACCAACCUUCGGCUCAACUAUUCUCCCAAUUCGAUACACUUCUUCUCCUUGCCAAGGGCGGCAAGACUGUGUACUUUGGUGAUAUUGGUGAUCAAGCCAAGACUGUCUCUGGCUACUUUGGACGCUAUGGUGCGCCUUGCCCCAAGGAUGUCAACCCAGCUGAGUUCAUCAUCGAUGUUGUCUCUGGUCAUCUGUCCCAAGGCAAAGACUGGAACCAAGUCUGGCUAUCCUCACCCGAACACGCCACUGUUGAGAAGGAACUUGACCACAUGAUCACCGACGCUGCUUCCAAGCCCCCUGGCACAACCGAAGACGGUCACGAGUUUGCCACGUCGCUCUGGGAGCAGACUAAACUCGUCACCCAGCGCAUGAACGUAUCCCUGUAUCGCAACACAGAUUACAUCAACAACAAGUAUGCGCUCCACGUCUUCUCAGCUCUCUUCAACGGGUUUACCUUUUGGCAAAUUGGUUCAUCGGUCGCUGAGCUCCAACUUAAGCUGUUCACCAUCUUCAACUUCAUCUUUGUGGCACCUGGUGUCAUGGCUCAGCUCCAGCCUUUGUUCAUCCAGCGUCGAGAUAUCUUUGAGACGCGCGAGAAGAAGUCCAAGAUGUACUCCUGGGUUGCGUUCGUCACCGGCCUCAUUGUUUCCGAAGUUCCCUAUCUUUGUGUCUGCGCUGUCAUCUACUAUGUCUGCUGGUACUACACCGUCGGUUUCUCUGAUCACUCAUCUCGCGCCGGUGCAACAUUUUUCGUCAUGCUCAUGUACGAGUUCAUCUACACCGGUAUCGGCCAGUUCAUCGCCGCUUAUGCACCCAGCGAAGUCUUCGCAUCGCUGGUGAACCCUCUCGUCAUCACUAUCCUUGUCUCUUUCUGUGGUGUUCUUGUGCCAUACGCUAGCAUUCAGGUCUUCUGGCGAUACUGGCUUUACUACAUCAACCCGUUCAACUACUUGAUGAGCAGCAUGCUUACCUUUGGUAUAUGGGGUUCUGAGGUCAAGUGCAAAGACAAGGAGUUCGCUCGCUUCAGUCCCCCCAAUGGCACUACUUGUGGCGAGUACCUCUCUGAGUGGCUCACCAAGGUUCCCAGUAACCUCAUCAACCCUGAUGCUACCGAUGAGUGCAUGGUGUGCUCGUACACCAAGGGCGAGGAUUACCUUCGCACUCUCAACAUCAAGGAGUACUCCUACGGUUGGAGGAAUGCUGGCAUCACCGCUGCCUUUGUCUUUACUUCCUAUGCUCUUGUUUAUAUCUUGAUGAAGCUCCGAACAAAGGCUUCCAAGAAGGCAGAGUAG